GGCGGGCGGUUGUAGCGUAAAUGUAACGUGUUAAGAAUAAAACUUGACGCUAACGUAAACUCGUCUAUAACGCUAACGUUAGGUUUCUGCACUUCAGAAGACGCACACAAGCUAGAUAAUUAUAUAUAAAUUAACGCUAGUUAUCUAUUAACGUUAGUGUGUUCACAAGAAGACGUAAAACUGUAUUAACGCUUCAUAGUUACUCUCGUUAACCCAGCGAAAAACCCAAAUAACGUUACCCAAGUUGACGUUUUACAUUAGCUAACGUGAGAUGUAGAGUUAAACGCUCUGUGUAGCGCAAGUUACGCAUAUGGCUAAUAUUAUGAUAUUACUAACUUUACCUCACAAUUUAAAAAGAUGCUUUGUUUUUGUGUAACAUCUGUUGGUUUUGUGGUAAGCGGUGGCCUUUUGGUUGACCCGACCGUGCCCAUAUAAUCCCUCCCAUCCCUUAUUGAAUGAGCUUUGGCUCCAGCCAGUUUGAUGACAGUACAGGAUUUUGCCGUCAUUGUUCUGCGGUCUCUGUCUGUAAUAUAUUUUGUGCCAAAGCUGGAUGCAGAACCUCAAUCGUGACAGUCUUAAGGUGUAAUUUGGAUGCUACCAUCUGUAAUGGAAAACACCACUGAUGACUACAAGAUCCAGUCAUUUGACCUGGACACACAGAUGUUGUUGAAAACAGCCUUGAAAGAUCCAAGUUCAGUGAACCUGGAGAAGGUCUCCGAUAUCAUCAUGGAUCAGUCGUUAAAGGACCAGGUGUUCAGCAAAGAAGCUGGACGCAUCUGCUACACCAUUGUGCAGGCUGAGGCCAAGCAGAAUAAUGGAAAUGUGUUCAGGAGAAAUUUGCUGAACCGGCUCCAGCAGGAGUUCAAGAACCGCGAGGAGACAAGGAGGCGCUCGUUGCAGGAGUGGGUGUGCUACGUCACGUUCAUCUGUAACAUCUUCGACUACCUCAAAGUGAACAACAUGCCGAUGGUGGCUCUGGUGCAUCCUGUGUAUGACUGUCUGAUCCGGCUUGCCCAACCAGAUGCUCUAAUGAAUGAGGAGGAGGUGGACUGUCUGGUGGUGCAGUUGCAUCGCAUCGGAGAGCAGCUGGAGACGAUGAACAGCCCACGGAUGGACGAGCUGUUCUUUCUGCUGCGGGACGGCUUCCUGCUACAGGAGGGCCUUACCUCCAUGGCCCGUCUGCUGCUGCUGGAGAUCCUGGAGUUCAGGGCUGGAGGCUGGGUGCUCAGCAGCACCGCCCACAAGUACUACUACAGUGAAAUAGCUGAUUAGGAAUGUUGCGAGGACAUUGGUGCUGGGCAGCUGUGUUUGCAGGUAUGUUAUCCAACCUUCAAGCACCUAAGAUACGUCUCCUUAGGCCCCCCUGAUUAUGAAAAACCAGCAAA